AUGGACCACAACAACCAUCUCCUAGAGCUCAAGCACUCUUCAGUUGCCACCAUUUCCGCCUGCACGCCUGAAGGCGUGGACUACUACCACAACUCAAUCACUGGUGAGACGUCCUGGGAGAAGCCGGCUGAGCUGCGGACGGCGGACGACUAUGAGGAUGCUGGUGACUGGGUGUGGUAUCCGGAUGAGGAUGCGGCGUAUGUGCCGGCCAAGGUGCUCCAGGCAUACUCGGACGGAUCAAUGUCGCUGCAGCUGGAGAACGGAACCAAGGUGGAGUACCGCAAGUCGAAGAAGAACAAGAAGGAUCUUGUGCCGCUCAAGAAGUCGUCGCUGCAGCGGCUGAUGGACGACCUAGUGCAGAUGGACUCGAUCGACGAGGGCAUGAUCAUCCACAACCUCCGGGAGCGGUUCUACAAGGACAAGAUCUACACCAACGUGGGCACGAUUCUCAUUUCGGUGAACCCGUUCAAGGGCCUCGGCCUCUACACGCCGACUGUGAUCGACCGGUACUACCACAAGGGCAUUUCGACGCUCCCGCCGCACGUGUUCCAGAUUGCCGACGAGGCAUACCGCAAGAUGAUGGAGGGCAUCCGCGGGCAGACGGACCAGUCUGUGCUCAUUUCAGGUGAGUCUGGUGCCGGCAAGACCGAGGCGACCAAGCAGGUGCUGUCGUACCUGGCCGAGACGGCCGGCUCUGUGUCUGGUGUGGAGCAGAUGAUUCUGAUGGCGAACCCGAUUCUGGAGGCGUUCGGUAACGCCAAGACGCUGCGAAACAACAACUCGUCGCGGUUCGGCAAGUGGAUCGAGGUCUUCUUUACGCCGAUGGAGGGUAAGAUUGCCGGUGGCAAGAUCAACAACUACCUUUUGGAAAAGUCGCGGGUGUGCUUCCAGAUCGAGGGCGAGCGCAACUACCACAUUUUCUACCACCUGACCAAGGCGGCGUCGGAGCCGCUGCGGGCCAAGCUGAUGUUGCAGGGGCCGGACGCGUACCGGUAUGCCAUGAUGGGUGGGUGCCACUCUGUCGAGUACAUGGACGACGCCGAGGAGUUUGCCGAGGUGGAGAAGGCGUUUGAGGAGCUCGAGUUUGGGACCGAGGCCAAGGAGACGCUGUACACGAUGGUUGCUGCGAUUGCGCACCUGGGCAACGUCGACUUUGUCAACAACGAGCAGGACCAGGCGACGAUCACGGAUCCUGCCGAGCUAGAGAUGGCGGCGCAGCUGUUCUGCGUCGAGCCGUCGGCGCUGCAGCAGGCGGUGACCUCGCGGACGAUGCGGAUUCCUGGGCAGGAGCCGACGCUCAUUCCGCUCGACUCUGUGCAGGCGACGGACAACCGCGAUGCGCUCUCGAAGAUGAUUUACUCCAAGAUGUUCGACUGGGUGGUGGAGCGGAUCAACUCAAGCCUCAAGCCGACGAUCCGCGGCCCGUUCAACAUCAUCGGGGUGCUGGACAUUUUCGGCUUUGAGAUUUUCGAGAACAACUCGUUUGAGCAGAUGUGCAUCAACUACGCCAAUGAGAAGCUGCAGCAGCACUUUAACCAGCACACGUUCAAGCUCGAAGAGGCGCUGUACCAGUCAGAGGGCAUUGUGUACGACCAUGUCGAGUUCAUCGACAACCAGCCGUGCCUCGACCUUGUGGAGAACAAGCCGAACGGCAUCAUUGCCAUGCUCGAUGAGGAGGUGGUCAUGCCCAAGGGCUCGGACGAGUCGUUCCUCCGCAAGCUUCACCAGCGGCACGAUCGCAAGUCGCCGCGGUACAUCAAGCCGCUCCGGCCGCCGACGGCCUUUGUUAUCGACCACUACGCCGGGCAGGUAGUGUACGACGUCCGCGGCUUUCUGGAGAAGAACCGCGACACGCUGCAGGAGGAUCUGCUGACGCUCAUUUCGGGCUCGGGCUCCGGCUUUCUGCGGACGAUUUUCGAGUCGGACGCUGCGGCGGCAUCGUCCAAGGGCCGCAAGACUACGCUCGGCUCGCAGUUUAAGGACCAGUUGUCGGCGCUGAUGAACACGCUCGCCAAGACGACGCCGCACUACGUGCGGUGCAUCAAGUCGAACUCGCUCAAGACAGCAGGCAUCUUUGAGGGCACCAACUGCCUGCUCCAGCUCCGGUACUCGGGCGUGUUUGAGGCGGUCGAGAUCCGGAAGAAGGGCUUCCCGUUCCGCUACACGCAUGAGGAGUUUAUGAAGCGGUACGGGUUCCUCGGCGAGAACAUUCCGCGGAGUGCGCCGUUCCCGGACCAGUGCCGACAGCUGCUGGGCCAGCUGCGGGGCGACUUUUCGCAGAUCCAGAUCGGCAGCACGCGUGUGCUGUACCGGCAGGGCCCGCACCGCGAGCUGGAGCUCCUCCGCGCUGUGGAGCUCGAGAAGGUGGUCAUUGUGUGCCAGUCGGUCAUGCGCGGACACUACUGCCGGGUGCAGUAUCGACGGAUGAAGGCGGCGCACCCCAAGCUGGAGCGGGCCAUCUCGACGCGGUCACUGCCGGUGCUGGAGGAGGCGCUUGCAAGCGCCGAGGGCAUCCACUUUCCAAUGUUCUCGCUGGUGCAGGCGCGGACGCUCCGCGAGACGAUUCUGGAGGAGAAUCGCAUUCGCGACGAGCUGCAAAAGUACGUGUCGGUCGAUCCGGAGCCGGUCUACGACAAGAUCCAGGCGCUGCUCGACCGGGCAGAGGCGAUUGGCUUUGCGGACCCUGUGGUGCAGAAGAUGCGCGAGCGGGUCAAGCUCAUCCACGAGCGCAAGGAGACGGUGAAGAUGCUCGACGCGGCGGUGGCGGCAAUGGACCUCAGCCAGUUGCAGGCCGGCAUCCGGCGGGCGCAGGCGUGCACGCUCAACAAGGCGCACCCGUCGUGCCAGGCGGCGCUCGCUGCGAUCGAGCGGAUCAAGCAGGAGCAGGCGCUGGUGGCCAAGCUCAAGGCUGCGCUGGCGGUGGGCGCGAUGGUGGGGCGCGACACGGGUAGCGCGGACCCGUCGGGGCUGACUGCAGUGCUGGCCGAGGCGGCGGCGUUUGGCAUGCAGACGGCGCCGGGCAAGGCGGCGGCGUUUGAGGCCGAGACCAUGGUGGCGAUCCGGAACGCGCUCCGCGGCGAGGACUGGUCGGCGCUGGACAAGGCCAUCAAGGCCGGGCUCAAGGGCGGGGUGGCGUCGCCAGAGAUGGAUGCGGCCAAGGCCGAGCUCGCCCACCAGGCCGCGGUCGACACCGUGCUGGCGAACCUUGUUGAGGGCAUCCGCGACUUUGACGACGCUUGCCUGCAAAUGGAGCUGCAGAACGCGUACGGGCUCAACAUGCAGACCGGCGAGUGGUCGGACGUGGUGGCGCAGGCGCAGGCGCUGUACGACCAGGUGUACGCGGCGCGGACAGCGAUGCAGCAGGGAACGGCGGCGGUCGACGACGCGUACCUCAAGCAAGGCAUCGACAUUGCCGACUCGUACGGGUGCAACAACGCCGAGGUUCAGGCCGCGCGUGCGCUGUACGACCAGAUUGUGCAUUACAAGGCGUACGCGCGCGACGCCAUCCAGCGGUGCCAGCGGCAUCUGCUGGAGGAGGCGACGGCAGGCGCCAACGCCAUCGGGCUCAACUCGCCAGAGGUGCAGCAGAUGCGGCAGCUGCUCUCGCUGGACAAGGUGGCGUUCCUCAAGAAGGAGUUUGAGGCGGCGCAGGCGCUGCGCGACGAGUCGCGGAUGACGCGGGUCGCUAUCGCCAUCAAGGACGAGUUCUUCCAGGCCAACGGGGCCAGCAAGUUUGCGCUCCCGCAGUGCCCGCUCUUCAAGUCGCGCGAGGAGUUCUCCAAGGCCAAGAUGUUUGGCAAGAAGAAGCGGCGCGACGGCAUGUUUGAGUGGGCCAAGGAAGGCAUUCCUGGGUCGAUGAUGCGCAAGAUCGAGCAGGACCCGCUGAUGGUCAAGCUGUGCAAGAAGAUGGCCAAGAACAUCCAGGGCUUUAUGGGUGACAAGAAGCUCUCGGAGCCGCUCUUCCUCGCGCAGGAGAUUGUCAACGAGGCGUGCGCCAACGAGGCCAUCCGCGACGAGAUGUACGCCAACGUGGCCAAGCAGGUGACGCAGAACCCGAACCCGGACUCGGCGACGCGGGGGUGGCAGCUGAUGCAGAUCUGCCUCCAGUCGUUCCCGCCCUCGUCCGACUUUGAGAACUACCUCGAGCAGUUUAUCCGGACCAACGCCCGCCGCACCCCGUCGGCCGAGCCGGAGCACUUCCUCAAGUGGUUCCACGAGGUCAUCCGCACCGGCGUCAAGAAGAUCAAGGUCGCCGACGUCGCAUCGCGCAAGCGGGCCCAGUCGGCCGUCAUGCCCGAGUCGGGCUACUACCGCGCCCCGGUCACAGCCUCGCUCGCAUACACCGCGGCCCGCAUCCCGGUGCCGGACAUCACCCAGAAGCGCUACCGCGCGCCCGCCGCCGACCCGGUUGGUACGGCGUACUCGGCACCCGCUGCAACGGCAGCAGUGGCGGCGCCUGCCGCUGCGCCGCCCGCCACGUCGGCCGGCCAGUCUGCCCGCGCCGCGUACCAGUUUGACGCGCGCGACAACACCGAAAUCUCCUUUGCCCCCGGAGACAUCAUCACCAACGUGGACACGUCUGGAGGCGACUGGUGGACCGGAACUAUCAAUGGCAUGCACGGCAUGUUCCCGGCCGCCUACACCGAGCUCGUGGAGGCUGCGCCUGCCGCCCCACCCACGCCCGCGCCGCCCGCUGCCGCGCCCGUCCCGCAGGGCCCGCGCGCCGAGGCCCUCUACCCGGUCGACGAGUCGGACCCGGGCUACCUCUCGCUCGCCGCCGGCGACGUCAUCGACCUCGAGUCGACCGACGAGGUUGCUCCGGGCUGGCUGCGCGGAACGCUCAACGGCGUCACGGGCCUGCUCCCGUCCAACUACGUCCGGAUCCUUUAG